GACGGUUGCGUGAAGCCGUAUACAAUAACUUUCACACAAGAAAGGCAUGGAAGACAAUGAUGAAGAGGGGAGCUGCAGCAUUUACCCGACCCUGGUUCCCCUUGGCAGUGGGAUCAAGGACACAAUGGAAAAGUUUAUGGAGGAAAGGACGGAGGCCACUAUGUGGACAGCAGUGCUGAUUGGAGCUGUGACGAUGAUUUCUGUCGUUGGAGUCAUUGUGUUCCUUCUUUACAGAAGAUACAAACUCUCAAAGGAGGAAGCUGGGGUUCCCCACUAUCGCUUUCGUAAGAGGGAUAAGGUGAUGUUUUACGGCCGAAAGAUCAUGAGAAAGGUCCAGACGUUGUCUUCAACCCCUGCCUCUAAUUCAAACUCAGCUUCACGCCAGAGAGUGAGGAAGAGGACCAAAGUCCUGUCUAUUGCACGCAAGAUCCUGCGCAUCCGGAGAGAACCCCCCACCCUGCAGCCUAAGGAGCCUCCACCCUGUCUCCUUGAGGCUGACCUGACAGAGUUUGAUGUCCAGAGCUCCCAUCUGCCCUCAGAGGUGCUGUACAUGCUGAAAAAUGUGAGGGUGCUCGGCCACUUUGAAAAGCCUCUCUUCCUGGAGCUGUGCCGUCACAUGCUGCUCAUCCAGCUGCACCAGGGAGAGGCACUCUUCAGACCGGGUGAUACUGAUGACAGUAUUUACGUGGUUCAAGAUGGCCGCCUGGAGCUGUGCAUCCAUGAGAGUGAUGGAACAGACGCUGUGGUGAAGGAAGUUUUACCAGGAGACAGUGUCCACAGUUUGCUCAGCAUUCUUGACAUCAUAACUGGCUAUCCGGCGCCUUACAAAACUGUGUCUGCAAGAGCUGCAGUUCCCUCCACAGUCCUGCGUCUUCCUGCCGCAGCCUUUCAGUCAGUCUUUGAAAAAUAUCCUGAAACUCUGGUCCGUGUCAUACAGAUUAUCAUGGUACGUCUCCAGAGAGUGACCUUCCUUGCCUUGCACAACUACCUUGGCCUGACCACCGAGCUCUUUAACCCGGAGAGCCAGGCUAUCUCACUGGUAUCGGUGGCACAUGUUCUGGGUGAAGCUCAUCCACAAAGGGGCCUUCGUAGGCUGCCGUCCCACUCUGACGAUCUGGGUUCUGAAAAAGCUGACACAGAAAAAGCAGGUCCCUCUGAAGUGCCCACAUCCAAGUUCAAAAAGUCUCGCUCACUCUCCACCCCGAUGGCAGUUACAGGUGAAAUGUCGGUCGACCUCAACAGAGUGUACGAGAGGGCUCGGGUAGCCAAAGAGGAGGCGGCAUCACAGAGUCCUACAAAGUCUAUAUUAAAGAAGAGCGUUACAAUGCUGCAGACUCCAUCUGCUGUUUAUCACUACAGUGAUGCUGGAGGUGGAAACGUCAACCAUAAUAAAGUUAAUGCCAUUUUCCAAGCUGCCAAAAAGGAUCUGCUGCAAGUCAUCCAGCUACAGAACCCCAAUCUGCUGGAGGGGAGAGUAAAUCUGCGACAGGUCAAAGCCGGCUCUGUUGUGGCCCACCAAGGAGACCAGGAUGUGAGCAUUGCAUUCGUCAUCUCAGGGUCGCUCCACGUCUACCAGCGUAUGAUAGACCGCGAGGAGGACUCCCUGCUGUUUGUCACCCACCCAGGAGAGAUGGUGGGUCACCUGGCCGUUCUCACAGGAGAGCCGCUGAUUUUCAGUGUCCGAGCUCACAGAGACUGCACCUUCCUCUCCAUAUCAAAGGCCAACUUCUAUGAGAUAAUGCGUGAGGAGCCCAGGGUGGUGUUGAACGUAGCUCACACUGUGGUGAAGAGGGUUUCACCGUUUGUCAGGCAGAUCGACUUUGCUCUGGACUGGAUGGCUGUGGAGGCUGGACGGGCUGUCUACCGACAGAGAGACAAGUCCGACAGCACCUUCAUCGUCCUCAGUGGUCGCCUGCGUUCUGUAAUCGCAAAGGAUGAUGGGAAGAAGGAGCUGGCUGGAGAGUAUGGCCGUGGAGAUCUUAUCGGUGUUGUUGAGGCCCUGACCCACAUGAAUCGAGCCACCACAGUCCACGCCGUCAGAGACUCGGAGCUGGCCAAGCUUCCUGAAGGAGCUCUGAACUCCAUCAAGAGGAGGUACCCUCAGGUUGUCACCAGGCUUAUUCAUCUGCUUGGUCAGAAGAUCCUGGGAAACAUGCAGCAGGUCAAUGGACCUCUGGCUGCUCGUAGUCUUGGUCUCCACACCCCCACUAGUAAGUGGGAUUCUGGGAAUCCAGCAUCUAACCUGUCUACUGUGGCCAUCCUCCCCGUGUCUGAGGAAGUUCCCCUCACAGCCUUCACUCUGGAGCUGCAGCAUGCACUCAGUGGCAUUGGCCCCACUCUGCUCCUGACCAGUGACAUCAUCAAACAGCGACUAGGCUCUGCUGCCCUCGACAGUGUCCACGAGUAUCGUCUGUCCAGUUGGCUCGGGCAGCAGGAAGACAUUCAUCGUAUCGUCCUCUACCAGUCAGACCCCAGCCUCACGCCGUGGACGCAGCGCUGCAUCCGCCAGGCUGACUGCAUCAUCAUUGUGGGACUGGGUGAGCAGGAGCCCACUGUGGGUGAGUUGGAGCGGAUGUUGGAGGGGAGUUCUGUUCGUGCUCAGAAGCAGCUGGUGCUGCUGCACAAGGAGGACGGCCCACCUCCCAAAGGGACGGCCGAGUGGCUGAACAUGCGGAGCUGGAUAUCCAGGCAUCAUCACCUAUCCUGCCCUCGCAGAGUGUUCUCCAGGAGGAGUUUACCAAAGCUGAGAGAGCUGUACCAGCGUGUGUUUGAAAAGUGUCCAGAUCGUCAUUCUGACUUCUCUCGAUUGGCCAGGAUCCUGACUGGAAACAGCAUCGCCCUCGUGCUGGGUGGAGGCGGGGCUAGGGGUUGUUCUCAAGUUGGCAUACUGCGUGCGCUGAAUGAGGCAGGAAUCCCUGUUGACAUGGUGGGUGGGACUUCCAUCGGCUCCUUCAUGGGAGCGCUUUACGCCGAGGAGAAGAGCAACAGUCGCAUGAGGGUCAGAGCUCGAGAGUGGGCUAUGGAUAUGACCUCUUACUUUAAGAAGAUCUUGGAUCUGACCUACCCCGUUACCUCCAUGUUCUCUGGAGCGUCUUUUAACUCCAGCAUUAGCGCCGUCUUCAAGGGUAAACAGAUAGAGGAUCUUUGGCUGCCAUACUUCAACAUUACAACGGACAUCACAGCUUCCUCCAUGAGGAUUCACACUGACGGAUCUUUGUGGAGAUAUGUCCGGGCCAGCAUGUCUCUGUCUGGUUACCUGCCGCCUCUCUGUGAUCCCAAAGAUGGACAUUUGCUCAUGGACGGGGGAUACAUCAACAACCUGCCUGCUGAUGUGGCCCGCUCCAUGGGGGCAAAGGUUGUGAUCGCCAUUGAUGUUGGAAGCCGGGAUGAAACCAAUCUAACAAACUAUGGUGACUCUCUGAACGGCUUUUGGCUGCUCUGGAAACGCUUCAAUCCUCUGGCAGAGAAAGUGAAGGUCCUGAACAUGGCAGAGAUCCAAACCCGGCUUGCGUACGUCUGCUGUGUCCGGCAGCUAGAAGUGGUCAGAGAGAGUGAAUACUGCGAGUACAUCCGACCUCCCAUCGACCACUACGGCACCCUGGAGUUUGGCAAGUUUGACGAGAUUGCUGAGGUGGGAUACCAGCAUGGAAAGACGCUGUUUGAUGUGUGGCAGCGCAGUGGCGUGGUGGACAGCAUACUUAAGGACAGGCAUCAGGAGGAGUUCCAUAAGACCAAAACUGGCCAUGUGGUCACCUGUCCAAAUGCCUCCUUCACUGACCUGGCAGAGAUCGUGUCAAGAAUUGAACCUGUAAAGAAUGCCCUAAUCGAUGAGGAACUUUCUGAUGAGUACCAGACCGACUACGAUGAGGAGGCAGUGGAAAGCGCCUUGUCUGACUUUGAGGCAUUCAACGCCGGCAGUGAAUACACAGAAGGAGAGGAGACUGCAGACACAGCAGAAACAGAUGAAGAAAUUCCAAUCAGGGUUCGACGUCGUACGAAGAAUUCCUCACAAAGCUUUCAGCCAUGAGGUCUUCAACAUCAAGGUCAUGACAGCCAUGACACACAUUUAAUGCUGGUAACUUUUAUGCCUUACAAAACCUGCAGCCAAGAAAUACUCAGACACCUCAGCAGGACAUGAAGCUGUUUGGAUUCAGGGAUUUCUGGGCUCAAAACUUUUAGCAUAAGGAGGAAAGGGAAGUCCCGGUGUGCCUCAUGUUCUCUAGCACUUUGUUCAUUUCUGUGGUUUUAAAAGUUCAGUUUUUAAAGGGUUCUGUCUAAAAUAUUCUGCCUCUGUCAGAAUGUGCUCUCCAAACAGGGAAGUAUACAAAUUCAGUUUUCUUUCCUUUUUUCUUUUGUUUUGUUGUCUCUGACAAAGAUAAAUUAAGAUAAGAUAAACCUUAUUGAUCUGUAUAUAGUUUGGUAAAAUAGGGACAUUGAUGGAAUUGUAUUUAGAGAGCCUUGAAUUUUAAAAAAUAGUUAAAAGAUUUCUAUCAUCAUACAAAAAUGUCCUGCACAAAAUGAACUUUCUGCACAUCCUACAUUUAUAACAUGCAGUGUCGAUCUUUGGCACUAUUUUCUGCAUAAUAAGCUCCGAUCCUUAACUUCAGUAUUGUUUACAUAUAAGCUAACUAUGUACAGACAUAACACUAAUGAAAGUGUUAAGUGAUGAACUUUUUCUCUGGUAUGGCUUAAGUGCGCACAAGUGUACCUGCAGAGAUGGGUACAAUUAAGGAAAGAUUAACUCCAUUAACUAGUGAUCCAUUAAUGAUGACUUUCACCCAAAUUCAACAGAAGUUAACAUUAAUGUCAAAAUCUCUCGGAAGUCUGACAGUCCGCCCCCUCUUCACAGUUAUUAACUGUUGUAUACAUUAUACACAACUGUUGUUUAACUCAGACCAGCAGCCACAAUCCAGCAACCCACCAGGAAACUAACAACAGAUUAUAGAAUCCUGGAACUUCAUUAAAAGCUCAAUGGUUCUCUCCUGAUCAAAAUAGUUCAACAAAAAUAGUCCUACUGCAUCUGAAAGGGCCACACCAAUCCAAAUCAAGAUUUAAUUCAAACACAUUAAAAUCCACAAAGAUCAACAGAUUACUUAGAAUCUACAAAUAACAGGAGCUUUUCUGAUUCACUCUAGUAGAAGUGUAUAACUCCAUAUAGGUCAGGGGGGGGUCAAACUCAAAUCUGGCCUGUGGCAAUUAUAUCCGGCCUACCAGAUCAUAUCAUAUUUUCUUAUGGCUGGCCCACUGGUUUGAGGUCUGCAGAUUUCCUCCACUUAACUGUUUCACAGGCUGGAUUUGGCCCCCAGGCCUUGAGUUUGACACCCGUGAUUUAGCUGUAUUUUAUAGGGAAGCAUUAACACAGAUACAGCGUUACAUCUGUCCAGUAAUGAAGCGAUCUCUGCACACCAUAGGUGUGAUAAGCUAAGUGACCUGUGAUUUUAAGGUUUAAUAUUUACUGAAACACACACUUUAGAUGUGUUGCAUGAAUGUAAUUUUUAUGUGGAGCUAAAUAGUUAGUGAAAAUAUGAGAGCUUUUGUUUUAGUGGUGGUGCAAAAACUGCUAAAAGCAGCUUCACAAUAACCCCCCCUUCCCUGUGCAGAUCUUUACUCUGCCAUUAAAAAAGAGAAUUAAACCAGCCCUGAUUGUUUAUAUUUCACUUUUUACCACGUACAGUGAUCAGACCUGGACAAACUCUUAGUUCUGCAGUUACUUUCUAUCUUUCUUAUGCACACCUGGUGCCUGAACUUUUAUAAAAUGUAGUGAAACUCAAAAACACAGACAUCAUAAGUAUAAUCAGGAUUUAGACCCAGAGCUAGCUUACAUUAGUGAUUUACUGAAACUGGUACUUGAUUAUUUAAGCAACAUAUAAAUGCAAGUCUGGUUUCCUGUUUGGUGGUAGCAGAGAUCCUGUGGUAUUAACUUGUAGUGUGUGAAUGUUUUAAAGGUUAGAAGAGGGAAAAGUCAUAGUUUACCCUUUGACAAGUCCUCCUUGGUUACUGUUUCUAGGUUAGACACAAGGCUCCUUCUUAUAUGAAACAACUGAGACUAUUUGAACGAGUUUUAUUCAUAUUUGGUUGAUCUGAUUCUUUUAAACUGUUCCCCAAGGAAAAUGUAACCAUAAAGAUACAGUCGGGUGUAUUUGGACUGUAAUCUUUAAGCACAUCAACAGAUUGUUUUUGCAAAAAGGGAAAAAUAAAAUGUGUUUCAGAUCUGUCUCACUAGAGCAGCAUUAAAGUUAACAAAAUAGAAACAUCAGUAUUACGUUAUUCUAACACUAAUAUAACUUAAAUAAGGUUAAAGCUACCUAACAGCAGAAGAACAUCACAUAAUGUCAGUAUUGAAAUGAUUUUCUCCUGCCUUUGAACAUAAACAUUAUAUGUGAUUGCUGAGGGGGUUAAAUUGCCAGUGUUGGCCCACAGACUCCUGGAUUACCAUGUGGUAGGGCUGGGAGAUUUGAUCGAUAAGAAGAUUUUUGUAUAAUCAAGAUUCUAAAAAUUAAAAAUCUGGAUAACUAGUAUGUAAUAGGCCUAACUAGUUUUCCCAAACUCCAGAAAAAAAUCCUCCCAAACAAAGAAAAAACAUCCUGCUCAGUUUUUAUAAGCAAUCACAUCACUCACUCUGAACCCUUUUUAAGAUAUUAAAGUUCAAUUUAGUUUUGGUCUUGGUAAAAGUUUAACUGACAUUGCUUCUGUGGCAGAGAUGACUAGCAGUUAACUUUCUGUAGCUGGUGGUGUCACAUAUGAAAAGAAGACACGUGUUAUUUAAAGUUAAAUAACUUUAACCGAAAAUGGAAGCCACUUGCUUGUUUUUUUUCCUCUGUUGUGGUGUUCGAAUGAAGCUAUCCAUGCCUUUGUAGCUCUUACCGAAGGUUUUUUUUUAGAUAGCCUGAAACAUGGCUAACUUUCCAGGGUCUAUAAAGAUUAAAUCCACACCAGUUACUCUGAUAUCAGGCAUCUUUUAUUUUAUAAUCAAUUUUUUUAGAUCGUUGCUGCAGCUUGUGGGUUAGCCCGCUGCCAUAUUGUCUGUUAUAUCCCAUAAUGCAUUGUGACUGGGCUUUGACAACCAAUAGCAGGCUGUUCCAUUGCCACGGCAUGCUUUACCAAACAACACAUGUACACAGACUUUUAGGGUGCUUUCACAUUAGGCCCAGUUGUUUUGAAUUGCGCCGUGGCGCAAUUCCUCCUCCUCCCCCUCCCCCUUCCCCCACUGGCUUGCUUUCACACUAGCAACAUCAAACCGUGCCCAGGGCCACUUGUGUAUUUACUCAGUCUGAAACAGCAGAUGGCAGUAUGCACGUAGCUGGUUUACAACCCCAACAAGGUGGAAAGAGAAGAAGCUACCAUGGCAACCACUGGGGUCAUGACCUGAGCGAAGAUUGU